GACGGUUCUAAGUACCCGUCCCGUCGGUGAGGAGGCAUCCGGGUACGGAGCUGGGUUGCUGAGGACUGGCCGAGGAAACUGGACCAGGGCACAGCGCGACGACAACGUGUCCAACAGGGCCAGCAGAAGCCGCGCAGGGAUUUCAGGUGGAACUGAGGGACUUUGAAUAUGUCGGGGAUUGCCCUCAGCCGACUUGCCCAGGAAAGGAAAGCUUGGAGGAAGGACCACCCUUUUGGCUUUGUGGCUGUCCCAACAAAGAACCCUGAUGGCACGAUGAACCUGAUGAACUGGGAGUGCGCUAUCCCUGGAAAGAAGGGGACUCCAUGGGAAGGAGGAUUGUUCAAACUGCGGAUGCUUUUCAAAGAUGACUAUCCGUCCUCACCACCAAAAUGUAAAUUUGAGCCACCACUGUUUCACCCAAACGUGUAUCCUUCUGGCACAGUGUGCCUGUCCAUCCUGGAGGAAGACAAGGACUGGAGGCCAGCUAUCACGAUCAAACAGAUCUUAUUAGGAAUACAAGAACUUCUAAAUGAACCAAAUAUCCAAGACCCAGCUCAAGCAGAGGCCUACACAAUUUACUGCCAAAACAGAGUGGAAUAUGAGAAAAGGGUUCGAGCACAAGCGAAGAAGUUUGCCCCCUCAUAAGCAGCGGCCCUGUGGCUCCAUGACGAGGAAGGGAUUGGCUUGGCAAGAACUUGUUUACACCUUUUGCAGAUCUAAGUCGCUGCGUACAGUUACUAGUCGCCUGGGAAGGUUGAGCGGGCGCCAUUUUCCAUUUCCGCCACUGGCAUAUACAGUCUCAAUUCGCUGAAUUGCCCCAGUUUUUCAUACAGGGUCUCUUCCUUCAGUCUUUUGUAUUUUUGAUUGUUAUGUAAAACUUGCUUUUAUUUUAAUAUUGAUGUCAGUAUUUCAACUGCUGUAAAAUGAUAAACUUUUGUACUUGGUAAGCCCCUAGGAGCUAGUUUCUUCGCGCUCGGAUGCAGGCAUGCUUCCCACUGUUCAGAGCUCUGGCCUCCAGCUGGCUGUAUGACAGAACCACGCUGUCCCUCCCUCCCCACCCUCGACCUCCUCAGAAACCUGGGCUGUUGCUUAUGAGCCUCAGAUCCAAAGUUGGCCAGCGUCUCCAUUCUGCACCACUUCCUUUGUGUUUAUAUGGCGUUUUGUCUGUGUUGCUGUUUAGAGUAAAUAAACUGUUUAUAUAAAGGUU